CGAAUUACAGUUAGUGAGUGCAUACAUUAUUUUAUUUUUAUAUACUGGCCCCCCGUGGGAAUCGAACCCAACUAUACUCCCAUUUAUCUUUAUAAGUACUUCCCCAGAGUUCAUUAUGGGCAUUAAAAUCACCACACCAUAUUACUUUCCUACACCUACACGUCCUAUCAAUCCCUUCUAACUGUGCUAACAUGAGCGGUUUGUAGGGGUUAUAGAAGUUAAAUAUUACAAUGUUACCCCUAUUCCUACAUAUUUAUAUUCCCACACAUUCCAUUUCCUGUCUCUCCAAUACUGUGUAAGCCAUAGCACAACCCCCACCUGACCCCUCCACUCUAUAUGAACUGAAUCCCGGCAUCACGAACUUCGGUUGACUUUCUUCUUUUGUGGAGCGAUGGGUAACGGUGCUUCGAGGGUGACUGUUGUCGAUAUGUGCAGAGGGUCCCUGGUUCAAGCCCAGGUUGGGGCGAGGAGAGGGACGGAAGCAACACUGUUACAUAUGUACCAUGAACAUAUUAGCAAAGAUACGUCCAAAAUGCUUAGGCCGACAUUAAUUCCAAAAUUCAUUGGAAUUAAUUCCGAUUAAACGCAUUGAUAUUGUGAUUUUUUUUUGUACCGGUAGGUAUGUUUUUAUUAAGCUAGAUAUUCAUACAUAGGCCUAACAAUUAUAAUUGUUUCUGUUUUAUACAAAAUUUAAGAGUUUUUGCUACCAAAUAUAUAUGAUGAAAAUGUUCUGGCAAUUUAGGCUAGAAAAGAGCACAUAGAAUUAUUUAAAAAAAAUUGCCGUUGUGGAUGUGACAGGUUCUGCAUGUCCUUAUAAUCAUGGGAUUAAGUGAAAUGGUUUUUAAAUUCCUUGCGAUUUAACCUAAACAUGAGAAGCAGCGGCUUUGAGACAGAGAGAGAUAGACGGUGCUCAGUUGUGCUUUUCUACCUCAUAAACUUCUGCGCGCUUUUUACGCGCACGGUGGGAAGCUAAUUAAAGUGGAUAUCUGACUCCUUCAUCCUCGCAGGGGGUCAAACGUCAGAGUAUUGUUUAAAACGCAGAUUAUUCCAUGGGCAUGGUGUGAUUCAUUUGACUUGAGUUUUUGGGUUAAAGCACUCUGUCUUGUAGUCACUCUGCACCCUGAGGAACCCAUGAGCGCUUACUGUACAGUGAUUUUUUGGAAAGCAAUCUCCCCCCAUCUGGCAAAGAAGGGUUUCAAACGCACGUUUUCAAAACUCAACGAAAGCCCUACAACAAGUAGCACUUUGGAACUCUGUGGAGAUGGCAUUGGCAAUGGCAUCGCUCUCGUCCACUCUGUGCAUAACAUGGAUAUGUCUGAUCUGUCAUUCGAUGGGAACGGGAUUUAUUUACCAGUUUCCCGGCGUGACUGUACAACGUGUCAACUCUGAGCAGAGCGUGAGCACCGGUUCACCAGGCAGCGGAUCAAACACCCAGCUCAGGAACUGGUGCCAGUUCACAGUGUCGAGGACUGUGACAUGCCAGGUGCGCAAUGGGACAGAGACCACAGUCCAGAGAGUUUUCCAGGGCUGCCGCUGGCCAGGACCCUGCUCCAAACUCAUCAGCUAUAGGACCAUGGUCAGGCCGUCUUACAAGGUGGCGUAUCGGCAGGUCACUGCUCUGGAGUGGAGGUGCUGUCCUGGGUUUGUAGGAGAUGAAUGUCGAGAAGAGUGUAUGAACUGCACUGGCUUCACUGACAUGAACAUCAGACUGAACUACAUUGAGUCCAAGAUUAAACUGCUAGACGGGGCAGGUUCAACGUCACCGUCCUUCAACAAGUCAUCAGAGGGCUCCAGUGAUAACGAGGUGUACACCCCCAACCCCACCCCCAUGGGCCCUCCAUCUCACCUACAGCCAGGAGGAAGAGGACCACCAGGGCCAAUCGGACCACCAGGAAUUCCUGGCCCAGCUGGCGAGGCAGGGGUUCCAGGACAGACCGGACCGACAGGGCCAAUGGGAGAGAGAGGAAUACCAGGAGAGAUCGGUCUUCCAGGCCUCCCCGGACCUCCAGGCCCUCAAGGGCCACGCUCCUCCUCUACCCAGCCGAGGGGUGACAUGUUUGGGUUCGACGAGCAGGAGACUCCUCUUACUCCAACUCUUCCUGAGUUCGUAGCUGGUCCUCCCGGCCCAUCUGGCCCCCUCGGACCCCCAGGUCCCCCUGGACCAAUCGGAACAGCAGGAGUUCCAGGUCUCCCAGGGCGAGACGCAGAGGGAGGCCUCCAAGGCAAGGCUGGGGAUCCUGGGCCUAAAGGAGACAGAGGAGAGAGGGGCCCUCCAGGAUUACCAGGGGAGCGCGGCCAGCCUGGGCAGUCUGGGCAGAAGGGGGAGCCAGGAGAGGGUUUGCCUGAGGGGGGCGCUGAGGGAGUGCAGCAGCUGAGGGAAGCUCUCAAGAUCCUGGCAGAGAGAGUUCUGAUUCUGGAACACAUGAUUGGCAUCCACGAGAGUCCAGUGGAGUCAGGCUCUGGACUGGAGAGCCAACCAGACUCCUUCUCCUUCCCCACCAUCAGGACCAGACAGGCCGAGUCCAGCAUCAAGACCAGACGACUUCAGCCUCUCCAACUCUCCUCCCGUUCCCAAGGAAACAAUCUCCCUAUAGUGGUGGUCAGACAGAGACGAGGUCAUUUUUAAGACACCAAUUAGUGUUUUUUUUGGGGGGGGUUGAUCAGCUUUAAUAGUGCAGAUAGAUUGUACCUUCCAUCAAUGUAAUUGUCUGCAUCAUUUCCAAUCCCCCAUAUAUUGUUUUGUAAUAUAUAUAUACAG